CAGUUCAUCUUCAUAUGAAUUGACUGAAUAUGGGUAAUUGGAUAUCUCACUGUUCUCUAGCUUAAUGAAGUGACUGAAAUUCCAGUUCAUAAUAUGAAAACAGGGAAUAGACGUUGCCCUGGCCUUCUGUCGAGUUUGUGGGCCUCUGAUGUCACUGCAGUACGAAAGUAGUCUCAUUGUGGUCUUUUCUAUCAUCCCUUUUUCCCUGCCAAUCAGAAAAUGCUCGAAACAAAUGCCACCGCCUUUGGCGUCUCCUAGUAUAUCAAAUCAAACACCUCGGUCUCAGCCAGCGCUUAGGAGGUCCAGCGUAUUGAUGGCUCAACAGGACGACGGGUGGCCUUUGGGAUUAAGACUACUAAAUGCUAGAGUUGGAUUGCUGGAAAACCGGGACUUUUCCGGAUCAAUCUCCUUCAACACUUUGCCCACUGGAUCUCCAAUCUCCUUCACGGACUCUUCAGAUCUUGAUUCUCAGUCAAGUGGGUCAUUCCUCCAUGCUAAAAGCAUCAGUGGAGGUAGUCUAAUAAGCGGUUCUGACAUCGUGGAGCUCUCGAGAAGAUCAUCAAGAGUGGGAAGCACAGAAACCAGCUUAGGAGGAUACAGAAAGAACGACUUCAAGUCCAAGCCAUGGUUGUUUUCUCUUUGCUGUAAACUAAGCACCGACGCUGUGAGCGUCACCAGAACUCACUCGCUGGCUCACUUUCUGGAAGCGGAAAGGAGGAGAACCGCCGGUAAUUGCCGGAGGAACCAGCUGAGAGCAAUGAUGCAAGGGCGGCCACGUCCCAAUAAUUUGUUGGCCAGCUGAAACACUCUCUUUAAGUGAGGUACUUGGGACCCUUCAUUUUCUAGUUUGGUUAUUUUCGUUUCUUCUCUCUUUUUGUGCAUAUUCGGAUGGAGAGUGUUACUUUGUGGGUUCUGUUCAUUUAAAUUCGGAAUAUGAAAAUUCUAGUUAAUCUAAAUGUAGGCCAAACGAGGUAAUUGUUAGGUACUAUUUUCUUUAGAAUGGUACAUUCAAAAUUUCGUACA